AUGGACGUGUUCCGUGUCCGACUCAACUGCAUCGACCACUACCAAGCCACGCCAACGCGAUAUGACCCUUCGCUGAGAAAGGACUCGCAUCUCGUGGAGAGCUCCAAACAGCCCAAGGUUCCGGUGAUUCGCGUCUUCGGAUCAACCGAGACUGGGCAGAAAGUGUGUGCUCACAUCCACGGAGCCUUCCCGUACCUCUACAUCGAGUAUCGAGGGCCGCUGGACAAACAUGCAGUGUCCGAGUACAUCUACCGACUGCACCUGUCCAUUGACACCGCGCUGGCUGUGAGUUACCGCAUGGAGCAGUACCGCGAGCCACGGAGCUUUGUCGCGCGCAUCACGCUCGUCAAAGGCGUGCCUUUCUACGGCUUCCACGUUGGCUACCGCUUCUACCUGAAGAUCUACAUGCUGAACCCCGCCGUCAUGACGCGGCUGGCCGAUGUCCUGCAGCAGGGGCUCGUGAUGGGCCGCCCGUUCCAACCCUACGAGGCCCACUUGCAGUAUCUGCUCCAGUUCAUGACCGACUACAACCUGUACGGUUGUGACUUCCUCGACGCUGGGAAGGUCCGGUUCCGCGCCCCUGUCCCGGACCCUGCUGGGCCCGACGAGGUCCCGGGGAUCUGGGACAGCAACACGAUCCCUCCCGAAAGCAUCACGGAUGAGUACGGCCUCCCCCGGGCCAGCCAUUGCUCUAUCGAGGUGGACAUAUGCGUGCAGGACAUCUUGAACCGCAGAGCCGUGAAGGAGCGGCGUCUGCACCACGACUUCAUCGAGCGAGAACACCCCAUUCCGGCCGAUGUGAAGCUUGUCCACAGCAUGGCCGGCCUGUGGAGAGACGAGACCAAGCGCAGGAAGAAGCGGAUGGGCAAGUCUACGCCUGGCGAUAGCCCCUUUCCUCCCGAGGCGCUGAUUCCCAUGUCCGCGGACCCGCGAGAUUCCCAACCGCCGGGCUGGAUUCACGAGGAAGAGCACCGCGAGCAGGUGCAGCAGUUAGUUGAACAAGAGAGCAGAGAGGGUGGGCCAGUGUUCAGCUUCUCCGAUUACAUCGAGCCGGAUCCGAACGAGGACGAGAUCCAGACAGCUAUUCAGUCUGUUGAGGACUUGUAUCCGGAGAACUUGCUACCUGCUCUGGGGCUCGAGCACCAGUUGCACGAAGAACAUCCAGACGUCGCCAACAGCAUACAAGUUGACGAAAAGGGCAUUCUUGACCUUGCGGUUUCCGAGGAAGAACAACAGCUCUUUCCAGAGGAUUUGGACCAAGACCUGGUUAGGAAGGGACAGGCGUCCGAACUAGUCUCGAAGCCGGAACAGAAGAAAACCCGUGGUGGCCCUGGCAUCGCUCCGGCUGGCGGUAGUGGAGGGGCAUCCAUUUCCAAAGCCAGCUCAGAGGAAGGGCCGCGCAAGCUCGUUGCCGAACUCAAGCGGAGAGUUGGGGGCCUAGUCGGAGGGCUCGGCGUUAGCGGGCUGCGCGCUGGCAAGCGUCCAUACAUCCCGCUGCCGGACGAAUUCCUUUCCGACCCGGCGAUGCUGGAGCUUACUUCCACGGACACUUCCACGGACGACGGCGAUACCAAGCCGCUGGCACCGCAAACAGCGGGACCACCAUCCAACCUGAAGCGCCCACCGGAGGCUCCUGAGUCUGGUGCCCCGCCUAAACGGCCGAGGUUCGAAGAUCAGAGCCAAGCUUCCUCAUCACCCUCUGUCACGGUUGACAAGGCAACUGACUCAGUGGCCGGGGAGCACACGAGCAUUUGGGUACGGCCGGCCGACACACCGCAACCCCCGAGCUCCUCCCAGAAGGGCACCGCUGCCAAGUCGCCCGCGAAUCAAACCCUCAGCUUCCCCGUCGUGAAGAAUGCCCAUGAUCCCGACACGGUACUGCGGCUGACGCAGCGAAGUGCCUCGCAGCGGAGCGACGGCGGCACAGUAGCGGGCUCCAUGAAGAAGCAGGUCUCGUUUGAUCCGCUGGUAUCAGUCCGAGAGGUCGACACAGGCUCGGAACAGCCAGCGUCGUGGACACCGCCCCCGGCAACUCAGAUUUCCGGCACACCCCCAACACCGAGACUGUACUGGAGCGGAUCGGCGACAAUGUUCCUGGUCAACAGCACGCCACCGUCCGCCGAAGAGGUUUGCUCGACCAUGCAGGCCUACGGACUGCCGGAUGUCAUCUACCAAGACGCCUUCUAUAGCAAAGAUAACGAUGUGCCACCACGGCCCAGGGAGUAUGCCGGAAGAGAGUACCGACUGGGUGGCAACACCGUACCAUACCUCCCCGACUUUGAUCCAACCGGCCAGUCUCCGGCCACGUACGGGGCGAAGCCGGCGUCUGCGCCCAACCUUUCCGAGCUGGAGCUGGCGUACGAGAAGCAGCAACUUCAGUGCACGCUGAGGAGCUGGGAGAUAGCCGAGCCGCCGCCCACCUUUGCCGAAGUAAGCGGGUGGUGGGCCGAACAGCAGAGCAGCAAACCUCGCAGAGCGCGCUCCGGCCCCGCUGCCACGCAGGGGCCACGGCGCGAGCUCUCGCAGAUCGUCGGGCCCACGCCACGGAGCACGCAUGACUUCAAGUACUCGCAGAAACAGAAGUCAACCAGCGUCCAGCACGAAGCGCAGUACAUGAGCACCAUGAGCCUGGAACUGCAUGUCAACACCAGAGGCAAGCUGGUGCCGAACCCCGAGGAGGACGAGGUCCAGUGCAUCUUCUGGUGUCUGAGAUCCGACGAGAUGUGUCUCGGCGGGAGCCAGGCAGCAGACGACACCGUAUCUGGCAUCGUCGUCGUGUCGGAGGACGGGGCGCUUGCCGAGCAGAUACGCAGCCAGACCUCGGUCGAGGUGGUCGCGGAGACGUCGGAGCUCGAUGCCAUGGUCAGGAUGGUGGAGAUCGUGCGGGUACACGACCCUGAUAUCCUCACGGGCUACGAAGUGCACGGCAGCUCGUGGGGAUACCUGGUGGAGCGGGCCAUGCACAAGUACGAGUACGACCUGUGCAUCGAGUUCUCGCGCAUGAAGUCCGAGUCCGUCGGCAGCGCCAGCGGCAGGUCCAAGGCCAACGACCGCUGGGGCUUCCGGACGACGUCGAUGCUGCAUGUUACCGGGAGACACAUCGUCAACAUCUGGCGAGCCAUGCGGGGCGAGCUGAACCUCCUCCAGUACAGCAUGGAGAACGUCGUGUGGCACCUGCUGCAUCGCCGGAUCCCGCAUUACUCGUAUCGGACCCUGACGGACUGGUACGUGGGUGGACGACCCAGGGACCUGGGCAGGGUCCUGCGCUACUACCUGGCAAAGGCCCGCACGGACAUCGAGAUACUCGAGGCCAACGAACUGAUCCCGCGGACGAGCGAGCAGGCCCGACUGCUCGGCGUGGAUUUCUUCUCCGUCUUCUCGAGGGGCUCCCAGUUCAAGGUCGAGUCCAUCAUGUUCCGGAUCGCCAAGCCCGAGAACUUCCUCCUGGUCUCGCCCAGCAGGAAGCAAGUGGGCGCGCAGAACGCCCUCGAGUGCCUGCCGCUGGUGAUGGAGCCCCAGAGCGCCUUCUACUCCAGCCCUCUGCUGGUUCUGGACUUCCAGAGUCUGUACCCCAGCGUCAUGAUCGCCUACAACUACUGCUACUCGACGUGCCUCGGCCGAGUCGUCAGCUGGCGCGGCACGAACAAGCUGGGCUUCACCGAAUACAAGAGAAGGGAGGGCCUCCUGCGGCUACUGAAAGACCACAUCAACAUCGCCCCAAACGGCAUGAUGUACACCAAGCCCGAGAUCCGGAAGUCGCUGCUCGCGAAGAUGCUCACCGAGAUCCUCGAGACCCGCGUCAUGGUCAAGAGCGGCAUGAAGGAAGACAAGGACGACAGGACGCUGCAGAAGCUCCUCAACAACCGCCAGCUGGCCUUGAAGCUGCUGGCCAACGUCACCUACGGCUACACGUCGGCCUCGUUCUCCGGCAGGAUGCCGUGCUCCGAGAUCGCCGACAGCAUCGUGCAGACCGGCCGCGAGACGCUGGAGCGGGCCAUCGCCUACAUACACUCAGUGGACCGCUGGAACGCCGAGGUGGUCUACGGCGAUACCGACAGCCUGUUCGUCCACCUCAAGGGCCGCACGCGCGAGCAGGCCUUCGACAUCGGCGCCGAGAUGGCCAGGGAGAUCACGGAUCUGAAUCCGCGGCCCGUGAAGCUCAAGUUCGAGAAGGUGUACCACCCCUGCGUGCUGCUCGCCAAGAAGCGCUACGUCGGCUACAAGUACGAGAGCCGCGACCAGGCGGUGCCGGAGUUCGACGCGAAGGGCAUCGAGACGGUCCGCCGCGACGGGACGCCGGCCGAGCAGAAGAUCGAGGAGAAGGCCCUCAGGAUCCUGUUCGAGACAGCCGACCUCAGCCAGGUCAAGGCGUAUUUCCAGUCCCAGUGCGCGAAGAUCCUGCGCGGCUCCGUCUCCAUCUCCGAUUUCGUCUUCGCCAAAGAGGUCAAGCUGGGCAGCUACAGCGCCAAGGGACCCGGCCCACCGGGCGCCCUCAUCAGCACCAAGCGCAUGCUCGAAGACGCGCGCGCCGAGCCGCAGUACGGCGAGCGCGUCCCCUACGUCGUCAUCUCGGGCGCGCCAGGCGCGCGGCUCGUCGACCGGUGUGUCGCGCCCGAAGACCUGCUCAACAACCCCCACGCGUCGCUCGACGCCGGGUAUUACAUCUCCAAGAACAUCAUCCCCCCGCUCGAGCGCAUCUUCAACCUCGUCGGCGCCAACGUCCGCGCGUGGUACGACGAGAUGCCCAAGGUCCAGCACGUUCGUCGCUUCGAGACCGCCUCUGCUGCGUCAGCUAUCAAUCGUGACAACAACAACAACGGCGGUAGGAAGAAAACGCUCGAAUCCUUCCUGAACUCCACCUCCUGCAUAGCCUGCGGCGUCAAAAUGGCCACAAAGCGCACCACCACCACCACCACCGAUGAUAACGAUGACAAUCACGACGACGACCAACUCCUCCCCCCCCUCCGGGACCUCUGCGCGCGAUGCACCGCCGACCCGGCUGCGACCACGGCGCUGCUGCAGACGCGGCUGAACCGCCAAGUGCGCCGGUACGCCGACGUGGUCAGGGUGUGCCAGACCUGUGCCGGCUUCGCGCCCGCCGAGCGGGGGGAGGGGGAGGGGGAGGUGGUGCCAUGCGACAGCCGGGACUGUCCCGUCUUCUACACGCGCGUGAAGCAGCGGGCUGCCGUGGCGGCGGAGCGGGGCGUGGUCGAGGCGCUUGUUGGGAGGUUGGGGAGGCGGGCGGAGAGGGUGUUCGAUUGGUGA